AUGAAGUGGCUUGUCUUGGUCCUGGUUUGCCUCCACCUCUCAGAAGGGUUUUUCAGAAUCCCUCUGAAGAAGGGUAAAUCCAUCCGGGAUACCAUGAAGGAAAAAGGCGUUCUGGAAGAUUUCCUGAAAACUCACAAAUAUGACCCUGCCAAGAAUUAUCACUUCAAGGAUUUCAGUGUGGCCUUACACCUACCAUCUUAUCUUGAUGCUGCUUACUAUGGGGAGAUCAGCAUCGGGACUCCACCCCAGAACUUCCUGGUCCUCUUUGACACUGGCUUCUCCAACCUGUGGGUGCCCUCCAUCUAUUGCCAGAGCCAGGCCUGCAGUGGCCAUGCCCAAUUCAGCCCCAGCCAGUCUUCUACCUACUCCACCAAUGGACAGACCUUUUCCCUGCAGUAUGGCAGUGGUAGUCUCACUGGUUUCUUUGGCUAUGACACUAUAACUGUUCAGGGAAUCAAGGUCCCCAACCAGGUGUUUGGCCUGAGUGAAAAUGAGCCAGGAACUAAUUUUGUGCAUGCCCAGUUUGAUGGUAUCAUGGGCAUGGCCUAUCCUGCCUUGGCCGUUGGGGGAGCCACCACAGCCCUGCAGGGCAUGCUGCAACAGAACAUCCUUACAAACCCCAUCUUCAGUUUCUACCUUGGCAACCAGCAAAGCUCUUAAAAUGGGGGUGAGGUAAUCUUUGGAGGUGUUGACAACAACCUGUAUACCGGUCAGAUCUACUGGGCACCUGUCACUCAAGAACUCUACUGGCAAAUUGGCAUCCAAGAGUUUUCCAUUGGGGGUCAAGCUACUGGUUGGUGUUCCCAGGGCUGCCAGGCCAUUGUGGACACUGGCACCUCCCUCCUCACUGUGCCUCAGCAGUACAUGAGUGCUUUCCUUCAGGCAACAGGAGCCCAGCAGGACCAGUAUGGACAGUAUGUCGUGGACUGCAAUAACAUUCAGAGCCUGCCCACCAUCUCCUUCCUCAUCAAUGGAGUGCAGUUCCCUCUGUCACCAUCUGCCUACAUCCUCAAUAAUAAUGGAUACUGCACUGUAGGAACUGAGCCCACUUACCUACCAUUCCAGAAUGGCCAGCCCCUCUGGAUACUUGGAGAUGUCUUCCUCAGGUCCUACUAUUCCGUCUAUGACAUGAACAACAAUAGGGUGGGCUUUGCUACAGCUGCACAGAAUGACUGA